AUGCCUCAUUCCCAAGAUGCUCGCCAUCGGCGGGUGGGUACCGGCUUCAGCUCGAGUGGGCGGCGCACCGUCAUGGGCUAUUGGGCACCCCUUGCCCUGACCGUCGGCAUCGCCGCAAUUGGUGUUGCAGCUUGGAUAUGGACUGAGCGCAAUGAAGAAGAAGAUGAGGAUGAUCGCGACGAACCUCGAGGUGGUGAUCGAACCGCCAGUGCUCCCAGUGGGGUGUCAUUCCCGCGCGGCGACUUUGAGGGCGACUACGCCCGAGCAACAGGCGCAGAUGUUCUUGGUCACUCUCAGGAAGAUGCUAGCGUAAUGGCUCGCAUGCAAGGAGCACUUCGGCGCACGCCUAGUCCACAGCAAAUAUUUGACGGGGCGAGCAAGAGGGUUGCGGCCGGUGUCGCAGCAGCAGGGGCUUUCGUGGGUGGUGCUUUGACUUCGAUCAGGGAAGAGAACAGGGGCGACUUUGAGGACCAUACUCGGUGGUCAGAGGAGGUGGAAUCCCGCAAUCAGCAAAGGAAUCAGGCAGAGACAUCCGCGCCUAGUCAAAUUCCAACACGCAGCGUUGUUGGCGCCCCGGCGACUACCGACAAGAAGAAGACGGUCGUGAUUGUGGUAUCAUCAGAAUCACCGCACCUUCCACACGACCUGACCUCCGAUCAUGUGUCUAUCCUUUCUCAUCUUCCUGAACACAUUAACCCUGACUCUGCCAAGGUCUUCGUUCUAAUCUAUGCGCCUGGAUUGAAGCACGCUCCUGGUCAAGGCAGCCCCACCCAUGCCUUGUCCGUCACAUCAUCAUACUCCAACAUUGCCCCUGAAGAAGCUACCCCGUCCGCUGAGGCCACUACUGCGGAUCUGUCCAUGUUGGAGCCCCGACAGGCUGAGGACUCGCAGGGUGCAACACCGCUUUUUAACACUUUGUACACACAGGCCCAGGCCAUCGUUGACAAGGACACCAUGAUUAUGCCCUUCAAUUCGCCUACUGGAUACGUACAUCUUGUUCGGCAUCUCUCUGCUGAUACUGUUUAUGUCCAGGAGUCAUUGUCUGGUCAGGAUGGAAGCGCGGUGAACCACAUAUCUGGCUGGGUUAGGCAGGUUGUCGUGGUGGUCGGUGAUGAAGGGGGUCGGGGCGGUCUGAUUGAUAGCGACGAUGAGUCGUUGCUUGCGAACAAGGAGGAGAAGUGGUGGCGCAAAGAAGGCGUCACCGGCAUUGGUAAACGCAUUGACGUUGUUGAUGUGCUCCGUGUGGGAGAUGACUGGCGGCGCAGGAUCAGUGGUCAUGACUAG